AUGUGGCUCAGCAGAAAGUCGGGACACAUCUGCCUGCUUCCAAGCCCCAUCAGCCUCCAGAAGGGUGUCCUCAUCCAGCAGGACCUCCACAUCCAGCAGGAUCUCCACAUCCAGCAGGACCUCCACAUCCAGCAGGACCUCCACAUCCAGCAGGAGUGCCAACUCCAGCAAGAAAUGCACAUCCAGCAGGACUUGCAAGUGUCACGGAAGGAAUGGCAGCCACGGGGCAAGAAGAAGAAAAAUAAGUACAUGGGCGAUGGCCAGAAUCAGCCACAGCGGCAAGCCUCAAGGGCCAGCAGUGCCAUGGAGAGCGGCUCCCAAGUAUCGCAGCACAUAGCCCCCAGCCCCCACGAGGCGGCUGUCACACCCCAGAACAGGAAGAGCAUGUUCAACCUGUGCAUGAGGCCGUACAACAAGGAAGGAGAAGAGCAGGAUGACGCUGUGCUGGAACUGGAGGGGAAGCAGGUCGAUGUUGGAGAGCUGAAGUCUCACCUAGCCCCAGUGGAAACCCACUUACCAGACCAGAAUCACCAGGAGGCACUGGAGGAUGUCGCUGUGGAUGGGGACACGGUUGACAUCCAGGACACAGACUCCAAUGUGGGCACCAUGGAGGUCCCCUUAGACAGUGAGGAGCUGCAGGAAGCCCUAGGACACACCAGAGAGGACACAGCCUCUGUGGAUAAUCUGGUCUCUGACCUGGCCAAGGUGGCGACCCGCUUGACCCUGGAGCCACAGGAGAUGCCAAGUCUUGCUGCUGUGGAUGGUGUCUCUCUGGCUGCCCUUUCGCUGUCAUUGCCAAGGCCUGAAAUCUCCCUGGACAGCCAGUCCCUGCUGCUGGCCAGAUGCCCUGCUCCAUUCAAAAACUGCCCGGGCCCUACCUUAAGGUACAAAGGCGACACCCAGGACCUCGACUCCAUCCUGGGCUCCGUGGCCAGCGAGGUCCACCUGACCAGCAAGGAGAAGCUGGAAGCCUUAGGAUACAUGGAAGAGGACAAAGUUGAUGUCAGCGGUGAGGGCUCCAUCCCGGCCACCCCACGGAUCUAUUCAAACCCAGAGAAGCUGAAAGAAGCAAAAGUGAAUGAAAAAGUUGCUCCUUCUCCUGGCUGUGCUCCCAAAACCAGCGUGACACCAAAGCCUCUGCCAAAGAAGAGGGUGAUAAAACCCCUCACAAGGGAGGAAACCAGGGACCUUUCACGCAUCCCUCAGCAGAGAAUUGAGUGCAAAGCAGCGAAGAACAUGACAAGGAAACAAUGGAAAGCAUUCUCCGAUGCUUUCAACUCAUUCCCCAAAGACCUGGACAGCAAUAUUAAACUACACAGCCUGGAGAUGACCGCUAAGCAGCUGGGGAUUAGCUUAACCAGUCAAGAGGCGUACAAUGAGCUGGUGUGUGCGGAUGCCAGCAGAGACAGGACGGUGGAUUUCUCCGACUUUCUGGACAUCAUUACUGACAAGAAGUGUUUCGCCCAGACUAUAUCCCCUGGGAAAAAUGACUCGGGCAGCUUCGAUUCUGUCGAUGCCAGAGGAAUCCUCCUCUUCAAAGCCUUCUUGAAGCUGCUGGAGUUGGCAGCUCUGCCCCGGAGACAUCUGUUUCAGAUUAUCAGUUACUACCAACAGAAGCUUAGGGACUGCACUCGCCAGAAAGUCUGGAUGGAUGGUGACUUCCUCAAGCGUCGCAGAAAGAAGCCCCAUAAAAUUUGGAAAAAGCCAGUUUACCCUAUGCCUUCCUUUGUAAGCGCUGCCCACGUCUCAGCCACGAACAAAAGGGAGGCAGCAGCUUACGCGGAGCACCUCAAAGGCAGCCCUUACGCCCAGGUACCCAUCUUCCCGCUGGUUUCUAAACAAGACGCGACGACACUGGCAAAGCCAAAAAAAGGCUUGCGGAAGGUGGCGAGGCAGAGGAAUGAGCCAACCGCUUCGUUUGAGAGCCACUUCUUCCGUGAGAGAAACCGGGUGCGGGAGGCAGCUGCUCUCAAGCCUCCUGCUCACCACAGAAAGAAGAGAUGCUCCCCUGACGUCAACGCCGAGCGCCCAAACGCACCACAUCAUCUGACAACAGACAGCCCGGGCAAGACACCAGCGCAAAAGGCGGAGGCAGCCAAGCGGCACAGGCACAGCCGGGCCCUCCGCCAGCGCCGCAGCCUGCUGCAGCUGGAUAAUGUGGAGUGGUCAGAAGAGCAGGAAGCCAGUGCCAGGAGUAAAGUUCAAGAGAACAGCUCACAGCUAUUGCCACAAGAUAAACAAGAGGAAUAUGAGGUGAAUGCUAAGAGGUACUGGGAUGACUUUUAUAAAAUCCACGAAAAUGGCUUCUUCAAGGACAGGCACUGGCUGUUCACUGAAUUUCCUGAGCUGGCACCUAACAGGAACCCAAGUCAAAAUGGGGAUUCUGUGCGUGAAUUUAGUAACAAAGAAGAAUCCAACAAUGAAGGGCUGGGAAGCUGUGAAAAUGGACAUUGUUCAUUGGAAACCAGGGCAGAGAAUCAGUUAAACCUGAUAAAAAGCACAUCUAAGAUCUGCACAGAGGAGCUGGCUACACAGAAGUAUAGUGAGCAGAAUCAAAGUGAUGGAGAUUACCCAGGAUCAUCUGCAUCGUACCGUAUAUUAGAGGUUGGCUGUGGCGCUGGAAAUACAGUCUUUCCAAUUUUACAAACCAACAAUGACCCAGGCCUUUUUGUUUAUUGCUGUGAUUUUUCUACAACAGCUGUGGAUCUUGUCCAGAACAAUGCGGAAUAUGAUUCUUCUCGCUGCUUUGCGUUUGUCCAUGACCUGUGCAAUGACCAAAGUCCUUUCCCAAUGCCAGAUGUGAGUCUUGACGUUGUUAUUCUUAUCUUCGUCCUCUCAGCGAUUCUCCCAGAGAAGAUGCAAUGCAUCGUUAACAGACUGAGUCGCCUUCUGAAACCAGGAGGAAUUAUUUUGUUACGAGAUUAUGGCCGUUACGAUCUGGCCCAGCUUCGGUUUAAGAAAGGCCAAUGUCUGUCUGAUAACUUCUAUGUGAGAGGUGAUGGCACCAGAGUCUACUUCUUCACACAAGAUGAAUUAGAUGAUCUCUUCACAACAGCUGGGCUGGAGAAAAUCCAGAAUCUGGUUGAUCGGCGAUUGCAAGUGAACCGUGGGAAACAAAUGACAAUGUAUCGAGUAUGGAUCCAGUGCAAAUACCGCAAGCCUGCUGCCCCUCAACUGUGAGGAAACAGGGCAUGCUUUUUAGGUUGGAGCCUCUUCGUGGCCAUGUGCAGUGUGUCCUCCUGGUGAGAUGUGGUUUUACAGAGUUCAGCGCACACAGGACCUCAGUGCCUUUUACAGUGCCUAGCAUCACUUCAAGUGAGUUCUGCUAAGGACAAAUGCUCUAAGAGGAGACCAAGCAGUAUUUUAGAUGUCUUGCUACUGGUCUGAGUUUUUUAAAUUAUUUAUGGUUUUAACAACUUAAGAAAUGGCCAAGCUGUCUUACAGCAGCUGAGCAAGUUGAGUAGUGACUCUUACUCUGGAUUUCCAACAUGAAACAGGAGAGCUUCGACCU